UGGAUGUAAUACAGUAUUCAGUCGUUACGUGCCUGCUGCUGGAAAGAAAACUGUGCCACUGUGUGGAGGGCUUGCAAGGAGUCGGUUUGAGGCAGAAAACCAGCAUUUGGCAGCUCUAGCCAAAAGGCUUACAUGAAUCCCAUAGCUAUGGCCAGAGCACGAGGUCCUGCCCAAAAUUCGGGACCAACAAUACAAGACUACUUGAACAGACCAAGGCCAACAUGGGAAGAAGUGAAAGAACAGCUAGAGAAGAAAAAGAAGGGAUCCAGGGCUUUGGCUGAGUUUGAAGAGAAGAUGAACGAGAAUUGGAAGAAAGAACUGGAAAAACACAGGGAGAAAUUACUAGGUGGAAAUGAGAGUUCCUCCAAAAAGAAAGAGAAAAAGAAAAAAGAAAAGAAGAAAUCUAGUAGGUUGUCUUCAUCUUCCUCUUCUUCAUCAAGCUCUGAUUCUUCCAGCAGUGCAUCUGAUUCAGAAGAUGAGGAUAAGAAGCAGGGGAAGAAAAAAAAGAAAAAGAAACAUCGCUCCUCACGGAAAUCUUCAUCAAGCUCAGCUUCUGAAUCUGAGUCAGACAGCAAGGACAGCACAAAAAAGAAGAAGUCAAAGGAAGACCAUGAGAAAGAGAAGGAUGGCAAAAAUCAUCACAGAAAGAGGAAGAAAGCUGAUCGUGGUGAUGGGCCUUUAUCAUCAGAAUCCUUAUCAGAACCGGAUCAGACAGAGGAGGUUCAAGUGAAAAAGAAGAAAAGCAAUGAGGAAAAAGAGAAAGCAACAGAUAAAACAAAAAAGAGAAAGAAGCACAAGAAGCAUAGUAAAAAGAAGAAAAAGAAAGCUGCUGGUUCAAAUUCAGAUUUGGAAUAGUAUUUAAAAAAAAAAAGCAAGACUAUCAACAAAAGUGCAAUGACUGAAGGAAAUUUAAACUGUGAAAUGAUAACAAACUUUACCAAACUGCAUGAGUUUUCCUGUGUUCUAGAAAUAUUCCUAAUCUUUCAGUAGCCAGCCAGAUGCAGCUGUGCUGGGAAAGACCAUUGUUAUUGCCUGCUGCUUAAUACAUGAGGUACAACUUCAUUAAAGUCCAGUAAGCAGUGUUAGAUGUUUGAAACAACAUAAGGUGGUAGUCCAGCUAAGAUGUAAAAUAUUGGAAAGUAAGAGUUAAACUUUUUAGAUACUUAAAGUAGUGUUUUAAAGCAUUAGUAAUAGUCUUUAUUUGUAAAUCAGGACAAAUAAGAUCCCAGAUUCAUCUUGUAGGUUUAUAUUAUACUUAAACAGUUACCAGCUGGUGUCUGCGAAUGGCAUUUACAAAACGGGAAAUGAAUGACAACGUAUAAAAUGCUGCCUUUGUAGUAAUUGCCCCAUUACCGUCUUCAUGCUUAUGAGAAAGGGAAUGCUACCAUUUUGGCUAACUGAAUAGGGUGCCUUUGCCUUGAUCCUUGCAAAUCUCUGCUAUUUUUAAUCCACGCAGCAUCUCUGAUUCCAGAGAGGCCAGAACUAUUGUCAGCAGACUUUUUCUGAAUAAGCAGUUCUGGGCUUCUGAGCAUGUGCUUCUGCAUUAAGCAAGAGCAAUGACAUUUUGCAGUAUAACUGACAUUCAAAGCCAGAAGACUUUACCUCUGCUUCUUUGAAAUAGCGAUAGAUCUGUGCUAGUAAAUAAGCGGAUUUCAUUUAGUGUAAUUUGGUUUAGUUGAACACUUCUUGCAAACUCCAGUAGCUUUUUCUUUUCCCUUCGCAUUACUUUUUGGAUUGUUUUGCAUGAUUUGUACCUUUAUUAAAUUAACGAAAUGCAGGUAAUCAUUUGUUGUAACCAGUUCUCUGGAUUAUGUUCCACGUGCAGAGUUUCAUGUAUGUAUUUAGUUAUCCUUACAGUUAAGUUCAUUGCUGUGUUGAAGUGCACACUUGCUGAAGAUAUUUAGCAUGUAAAAAGCAGGGUUUUGAUACCUUAACAGCUUCAUAUUGAAGCUGAUUUUACUCUAAGCAAGUUCAGUGGCAGACCUGUUACAUGACGCAUCUUGUUAGAUUAAGGAAAAAAACCAUACUGCCAGAAUCUCAUUAAAUAUGCUGUUUAAACAGUUUGUAUUUAUAUUUUUGUACUUGAGGGCUACAGAAUGUUGACCUAAAUCAUAAAGCUGUUUUAUUUUAAAUUAGUUGCUUUAGGAAUUGAAAAUAAGCUUUUAUAAAUUAAAUGUGCACGCGAGAAAACACAAGCAACCGUUAGAUUUUAGUUUUUACAUGAAAUUCUCGUUGUAUCUUCCACUGAAGUACCUGUGACUGUGCCUGCUUUAGCCUUUAACAACCACCCAUCUGUCUGCAUGGUCAGCUAGAGAUGACAGGAACCAUCCACCCCUUUUGCCACUGCACAGGUGCUAACUUCUAACUUACCUCUAACAUACCGACAUUUGAAGUAUUUUAUUGCCAAGGAUUUCAAGACCUUUCAUAACUGAUAAUUAGUCUGCAGAUCAUAAAUAAAAACGAAGGGGAGAAAGAUGA